UUGCAUGUGCACCUCAUCAAUUAUACGCGGCUUCAUUUUCACAUCUUUCAGGGAUUUCAAAAAAUUUACAAACAAUUUUUUCCUCAAGGUGAUCCAUCCGAUUUCGCUUCAUUCGUCUUCAAAGUUUUCGACGAGAAUAAAGAUGGAGCAAUCGAAUUUCACGAAUUCAUCCGGGCGCUCUCCAUAACGUCACGAGGCAGGGCAUUCAAGUUAUACGACUUGGAUAACGAUGGCUUUAUAACACGCAAUGAGAUGCUAUCGAUUGUUGGCAGCAUCUAUAAAAUGGUUGGUUCAACCGUGAAAUUACCCGAAGAGGAGAAUACGCCCGAGAAACGAGUGGAUCGCAUUUUCAAAAUGAUGGAUAAGGUUCAGUUCCAAAAAAAAUCCUCCAACAAUUUCAUU